CCCCGAUUUGCAGGUGAGGACCCCGAGGACCGAAGAACCCAACCAGGACCGGUUGUGCCCGGGGCUGGAAGAAGGAUCGGGAGGGCAGAGACGGCCCCUCGCUGUGCACUCCGCUACCACCCGGCAGAGAGGUGAACUAGGGUUGGAGGGAGCGAGGCCCUUGAAGAGGAGGAAGCAGGCCCAGCCUGGCAUCAUGGACAAAUCUAAAGAAAACGGCAUUUCAGGGCUGGUUAAGACUACAAUACCAUCUGGUGAUGGUCCAAAACGUGUUUUGGUGACUCAGCAAUUUCCUUCUCAGUAUCCGUUACCUGCAAAUAGUGGCCAGGCUCAGCGGGUCUUGUGUCCUUCGAAUUCCUCCCAGCAAGUUCCUUCAAAAGCACAAAAGCUUGUCUCCAGCCAUAAACCGGUUCUGAAUCUGAAGCAGAAGCAGUUGCAGGCAACCAGUGGCCCUUGCCCUGUGUCCAGACCACUGAAUAAUACGCAAAAGAGUGAGCAGCCCCAGCCACCAGCCCCUGGAAAGAAUUCUGAAAAGGAAGUGGCUUCAAAACAGAAAAACGAAGAAUCAAAAAAAAGGCAAUGGACUUUGGAAGAUUUUGAAAUUGGUCGCCCUCUGGGUAAAGGAAAGUUUGGAAAUGUGUACCUGGCGAGGGAAAAACAGAGCAAGUUCAUCCUGGCUCUGAAAGUCUUAUUCAAAGCCCAGCUGGAGAAAGCAGGCGUGGAGCAUCAGAUAAGAAGAGAAGUAGAGAUACAGUCCCACCUUAGGCAUCCAAACAUUCUCAGGCUGUAUGGUUAUUUCCAUGAUGCCACCAGAGUGUACCUAAUUUUGGAAUACGCACCUCUUGGAACUGUCUAUAGAGAACUUCAGAAACUGUCCAGGUUUGAUGAGCAGAGAACUGCUACUUAUAUCACAGAAUUGACAAAUGCCCUGUCAUACUGCCACUCAAAGAGAGUUAUUCAUAGAGACAUCAAGCCAGAGAAUCUGCUCCUUGGAUCAACUGGAGAGCUUAAGAUUGCAGAUUUUGGGUGGUCUGUACAUGCCCCAUCCUCCAGGAGAACCACCCUCUGUGGCACCCUGGACUACCUGCCCCCGGAGAUGAUCGAAGGCCGAAUGCACGAUGAGAAGGUGGAUCUCUGGAGCCUCGGAGUUCUUUGCUAUGAAUUUUUGGUUGGGAAGCCUCCUUUUGAGGCAAGCACAUACCAAGAGACCUACAAAAGAAUAUCUCGGGUUGAAUUCACAUUCCCUGAUUUUGUACGAGAGGGGGCCAGGGACCUGAUUUCAAGACUGUUGAUGCAUAACCCCAACCAAAGGCUGACCCUGAAAGAAGUACUGGAACACCCCUGGAUCACAGCAAAUUCCUCAAAACCAUCAAGUAGCCAAAAAUCCAAAGAAUCAACCAGCAAGCAAUCUUAAGACUCUUGCAGGGGGAGAGCCUCUGAGCCAGGGCUGCUGUGUCAGUGGUCAGAACACACUCCUGACAUAAUCUACUACCGACUGCCUGCUCGCAAUGCGCAGCGCUAGGGAAAAGUAUAGAAGGUUCCACUUCAAUAAACGUGACAUGGAAGCGCAAGUAGCCACGAGAAUCGUGCUCACUUCACUGGUUUUAUCCUCCAGAGGCAAGGUGCAAGUGCCGCCGCCCUGCAGCCCGUGUGGACUAAGGGUCCUUGUGGAAGGUGAACUCCGAGUUGGCUGUGGGCAGAGUGGCCCCUUCGUCCUGACCCGAUCAGUUCAGGAGCUGUGCAAUAACCUCCCAGGUACCUGCGUGGUGUGUAACCUCCUGGGUGGCCACACCUGGUAAAGUUGUCAGAAUGAAUAUGUGAUUCUUUUAAAUGUUAAAAUAAAGAGAUGUGCAUAGACUUUGUC